AUGUUCCUGCCUCCAGAGCUCCUGCUCUAUGUUACCCGAUAUCUCACAAGUACACGCGACUUCAACGCGUUUGUACGGGCCAGCAGAACACAUUAUGCGACAUUGAACACCGAGAUGUAUUAUUGUGAUGCAAAACAAAAGACACCCUAUGCACUCUGUUGGGCCGCCAUCCAUAAUCAAGCAGCGACUGCCAUCAAAGCACUCAAAGCCGGUACCGAUCCACAGACCACGAUGAACAUUGUCCGAAGCAUCAAAGGCGCUACGCCAAUUUUACUAGCAGCAUAUUAUGACUCUGUGGAUGUGUUGAGUCUUCUCCUGAUUCGUGAAGACGUGAACCCUAACUCGCGCGACCUGAUGUAUAUCUGCCCUGCUAUUACGUGGGCAGUCAAGAAGAACAAUAUCUCCUCUCUACGCGUCUUGCUAAAGGAGGAUCGCGUCGAUGUCAAUCUUCAGGACAAAAAUGGGGAGACGGCGCUCAUGUCAGCCGUAAUUAAUGAGCCUGAUUUGAUACCCGUGUUGCUAGGUUGCCCAAGAAUCAACCCACGAGUGCCAGACACAAACGGGCGAACACCACUGUCCAGGGCCGCGCAAAUGAAAACCUCAGAUACUCCCUUGAUCCUUGCGGCUCACCUGAGGCUCAUACUAGACGGACACGAUCAUAGAGAACAUUGCCAGCAGGUCUUCUACAGCGCCGCUAUUUGUGGUCAGGUCGAUAUCAUGAAGCACAUGGUUUCAUUCUAUGGGGACAAGCUGAACCCCAACGGGGAUGUGAGUGGGAUCUCGGGUAAUGAACAUGCGGCGUUCAUGGUGGCGGUCGAACGCAAUCUCCAAGAGGUCGUUCAAUUUCUUCUGGAGUGGGAUAAAACCGACCCCAACCAAAACGACAAUUGGCAGCGCAAAACCCCACUAUUCCGCGCGACAGAGUGCGGCUUACCGGAGAUGGUCUCUAUCCUCAUGACAAACCACCGGGUAAAUCCGAACCUGGGCAACAUUCACGGCAUCACACCUCUGAUGGUUGCUACGGAAAAAGGUCAUCUUGAGAUCGUUCAAUCUCUGCUUGCUGGGGUGCGCUGCGCGGAUGUGAACCUCACGGACAUCACUGGCGUGACGGCACUGUGGUUCGCUGCUUUACGUGGCAAUUCAAAGAUUGUUAAGAGGCUGCUGGAGGUGGAGGGUAUCGAUGCAUGUCUGGCGGACUCACAGGGAGUGACGCCUAAAGGGAUUGCGGAGUUGUAUGCGAACCUGGAGGUAGCCAGAAUAUUAGAUCAAUACGUCUGUGGAGAUGGUUGA